AUGGAUCGAAACCAAAGACACAGAAGAAGCAUUCUAGAUUCAUUAGGCGAAGAGCUGAUCGGAAUCCUCGCACCAGUCUCGAUAUGUAUGUUCACCGUCGUUCUCCUAGUCUGCGUCCUAAACUCGGACCCAUCCUCCUCCUCAUCCGCCUCUUUUUCCUCCAUAGCCACCGCAGCUUACACCGAGAGCGACUCCGAUUCCCCCUGGGACAGAUUCGUAGGCGCCUCCUUAAACUCACUCGUCUUCGUCGCCGCGAUCACCGUCGCGACGUUCGUGCUCGUGCUUCUCUUUUACCUCAGAUGCGUCAAUUUCCUGAAAUUCUACAUGGGUUUCUCGGCAUUCAUAGUUCUAGCGAAUUUAGGCGGAGAAAUCUUAGUCCUUUUGAUCGACCGAUUAAGAUUCCCGAUCGAUUCCGUCACGUUCCUGAUCCUCCUCUUCAAUUUCUCCGUCGUCGGUGUCUUCGCCGUCUUCAUGUCGAGAUUCUCGAUUCUGAUCACUCAGGCUUACUUGGUUGUGAUCGGCGUCUUAGUCGCUUUCUUCUUCACCAUGUUACCUGAAUGGACAACUUGGACUCUCCUCGUAGCGUUAGCGAUCUACGACGUCGCCGCUGUUCUCUUACCUGUUGGCCCUUUGCGUCUCCUCGUGGAAAUGGCGAUUUCGAGAGACGAAGACAUACCGGCUCUGGUCUACGAAGCGCGGCCGGUUAUCCGAAACAACGAGUCCGGUUUGGUUCAGAGGAGAGUUUGGAGAGAAAGAGGAUCUAGCCAGAGUUAUCACUCCAGUGAUAUCGAGAACGCUUAUAGAGAAGCAGAAACAGAAUCGGAAGGAGAAGAAGAUGUUGGUUCGAGCGAGAGAUCGGAGAUAUCUGUGCCGUUGUUGAUUGAUCGGAGACCUGAUCAAGGUGAGAAUUCGGAGACUUUUCUUGAAGGGAUUGGGUUGGGAUCAACAGGAGCGAUCAAGUUAGGUCUUGGCGAUUUCAUCUUCUACAGUGUUUUGGUUGGGAGAGCUGCGAUGUAUGAUCUGAUGACGGUUUACGCUUGUUACUUGGCGAUCAUAGCCGGUUUAGGUGUCACGUUGAUGCUCUUGUCUGUGUAUCAGAAGGCUUUACCGGCUCUUCCUGUAUCGAUCAUGUUGGGCGUUGUGUUUUACUUCUUGGCAAGGUUGUUGCUCGAAGAGUUCGUUGUUCAGUGUUCUUCAAACCUUGUCAUGUUCUAA